AUGACCGACGCUGUUUCGGCCACUGCUUUCCAGAGGGAGGCAGAGCACAGCCCUGACAAGGCCAUGUCAAAGAAGCCAGAGCCCCUCCCAAUCGCCAAUGCCCAGAAAAUGGCCUCCCCGUUCCCCUCCCCCACGGAAGCCAGUCGGCCCGCAUCGACAAAACAGCAGACCCGAGUAGCGGAGAGCACGGAUGAGAAUGGAAGCCCAGACAUCAGACCGUUAUCCAAGAACGCCGAUGGGUUGCGUGGGAACAAGGAGAAUCGGCCGCCGUCUUCGGCACAUGGCUCAGCGAGAAUCAAGCCGGCGUCUCUGAGCAGCCACCCCAUGAACAGGUCGGCGGACGAUUCGCAGCCACCAUCGAGCCGGCACCAGCAUCCACCGUCCAUUGCUGGAAUGUCUCCAUCGUCACGUACCCCGAGUGUGCAAUUUCGAGAUACAGACAAUGAAGCUGUCGACUUGCCCCAGUCUCGAUCACAGUCCCGGCCAGCGUCAUUGAUUGAGGAGGCAGGGGACCAAACAAGGGGAAAACUGUCACUGCUCGAGAAGAUCAAGUCACUAGCAGUGUCACCCUCAUUUGCAUCGCACGGACGGACGGCGAGUGGAGCGACGAUUCCAGACUUCAGACCACCUCCAUCUGAUUUGCUUACUCCCGGCUCGGAGAGGGGGGAAUUUCACUUCCCAGAACCCCUGGCAGAAGAAGGAAGCGAUAUUGAUGCGGACGCGGAGGAAAGCGGUGGAGAGCAGCGUGAUCGUCGGACCAAGAAAAAGAGACAAUUCACUCGAAGGAGGCAGCAGACGGAUGAAGACAUGGGCAACCGUACUGCUCCUACGACGCCGAAAACGACCCGUCGGCCUUCUUUCCACUUUUCUUCUUCAGCCAGCACCACAGAAUUCAGUCCCCAGCGGCGUGAGGGUGUUUCGGAGGAUGAAGGGCGUGACCGGAUCAACCGGCGGCUAAGAAGCCCCUGGGGGGCCAACCGUGGCUUCACCUACGCUGGACGACCGCAAGAAGGACAGGAAAACCAGGACGAACCGCGCCCUAGCCAUCUUAGGCGUCUGACUGGACUUGCUGGUCCCACAGAUAACCAAGAAAGCUUGACAGCCGCCUGGAGACGCCAUCGGGCCGAACGGGGCACUAGUAUGGGUGCCCAGCGAUGGCGGCAAAUCAAAGCCGGCUUCAAACUCAUUGGCCAACGGCGCAAGACAGACAAUACCGCGGAUAAUGCGAAAUCCGCGGAAUUGCUAGCUGAACUCGCCUCGGCUGUACCCGCGGCGCUGAUUCUGGCCAGCGCGUUCCAACGAGACGAACAUGGGAGCAGACGAAUCCCAAUUCUCCUAGAGCAACUGAAGGUUCGUGUCACAGACAGCAAGAUUGAUUCGCAUUCUGGAGAUCGCCACUUGGUGUUUCGAAUUGAAUUGGAAUACGGAAGUGGCAUGACACGAAUGAAGUGGAUUAUCCACCGCACCUUGAGAGACUUCGCCAAUCUACAUCUGAAGUACAAGCUUCAUUUCGGUACCCAGAAGUAUCUUCGACCUUCCGAGAACGCCGCUACCCUGCCCCGCUUCCCCAGAAGUGCCUUUCCCUACCUACGUGGCGUACGAGGGUUAGAAAGCGAAUUUGAAGACGAGGGCGAGGAAGAAGGGUACGAAACUGGCCCCGAGGUAAUGAGUGGCACGGAGAGGGCGGGUCGAAAGAAAAAGACUGCUCCCCAUCACCAACGUCGUCCCUCUGGUUUUUCCCGAAGAAAAUCCAGUGUCGUGGUGCCGGGAGAGGAAUCAGCAGUCGAAGGUGCUUCGGGGAGAAAGGAAUCCUCUUACCCAGAACGACAGCGGAGGAAGCUUGAGCUCUACCUGCAGAAGAUGAUCAGUUUCUUGAUCUUUCGAGCCGACAGUAACCGGCUGUGUAAGUUUUUGGAGUUGUCUGCUCUUGGUGUGCGUCUUGCUGCAGAAGGGAGCUACCAUGGCAAAGAAGGAUAUUUGAUCAUCCAGUCUUCGAAAGGUCUCGACUUUCGCAGGGCUUUGACCCCGGCUCUCAUCAAGAAGCGGCACUCGCCUAAAUGGUUCCUUGUGCGGCACAGUUACGUUGUCUGCGUGGACUCUCCCGAGGAGAUGAAUAUUUAUGACGUUUUCCUGGUAGACGCUCAUUUUAAGGUCCAGACGCCAAAGAUGAGCCUUCGGCAUCAAAAGGCAAAGGAUUUGGCCAAGUCUGCCAAGGACUCUGCGAGGCAUCCUCAACACCAUACCCUGCGUCUCGAGAACUCGGAGCGGAAGUUGAAGCUGCUGGCUCGAAACGAACGUCAACUCCAGCAGUUUGAAGAUUCGAUUCGGUUCAUGGCCACCAACACUCCAUGGGCGAGACCUAACCGAUUUGACAGCUUCGCUCCAGUCCGGAAGAAUUGCUUUGCGCAGUGGCUUGUUGAUGCACGGGAUCAUAUGUGGGUUGUGUCGCGAGCUAUCAACCAGGCCAAGGAUGUCAUCUACAUCCAUGAUUGGUGGCUCAGCCCGGAGUUGUAUAUGCGACGCCCGGCUGCCAUCAGCCAGAAAUGGCGACUGGACCGUCUUCUCCAACAGAAAGCUCGAGAAGGAGUGAAGGUCUUCGUGAUCAUGUACCGAAACAUCAAUUCGGCCAUACCCAUCGACUCGGAAUAUUCCAAGUUCUCUCUCCUGGACCUUCAUCCCAACGUGUUUGUUCAAAGGUCCCCGAACCAAUUCCGCCAAAACACCUUCUUCUGGGCCCAUCACGAGAAACUGUGUAUCGUCGACCACACCUUGGCCUUUGUCGGAGGCAUCGAUCUUUGCUUUGGACGUUGGGAUACUCCUCAACAUCAGCUGACGGAUGACAAGCCUACGGGGUUCGAAACAACGGACCUGCCGAAGGAUUCAGACCACUGUCAGCUCUGGCCCGGAAAGGAUUAUUCAAACCCUCGGAUCCAGGAUUUCUAUGAUCUCGACAAGCCAUACGAAGAAAUGUACGACCGGAACAUUGUGCCACGGAUGCCCUGGCAUGAUAUCUCUAUGCACGUCGUAGGCCAGCCUGCCCGAGAUCUCACUCGACAUUUCGUUCAGCGGUGGAACUAUAUUCUUCGCCAGCGGAAACCAACACGGCCAACCCCGUUCCUCCUGCCCCCGCCAGAUUUCAACCCGGGCGAUAUGGAGGCCUUGGGCCUGGAUGGGACAUGUGAGGUACAAAUCCUGCGCUCGAGCAGCAUGUGGUCUACAGGAACGCCUGCUGUCACCGAACAUAGUAUUAUGAAUGCCUACGUCAAGCUGAUUGAGGAGUCGGAACACUUUGUUUACAUCGAGAACCAGUUCUUCAUCAGUACCUGUGAAAUCGAUGGCAAGAAGAUUGAGAACCUCAUUGGUGACGCAUUGGUGGAGCGAAUUGUGCGAGCAGCCAAGAACGAAGAAGUAUGGCGAGCAGUUAUAGUCAUUCCAUUGAUGCCAGGCUUUCAGAACACCGUGGACAGCGAAGGUGGAACGAGCGUGCGGUUAAUCAUGCAGUGCCAGUACCGCAGUAUCUGUCGUGGAGAGACCUCAAUCUUCGGACGUCUUCGCGCUUUAGGGAUCGAGCCGGAAGAUUACAUCCAAUUCUUCAGCCUGCGCGCUUGGGGCAAAAUCGGUCCUCAGAAGCAGCUAGUCACAGAACAACUUUACAUCCACGCGAAGUGCAUGGUAGUUGACGAUCGUGCUGCGAUUAUCGGCUCAGCCAAUAUCAACGAACGAUCCAUGCUCGGGUCGCGAGAUUCGGAAGUUGCUUCCAUUGUGCGCGAUACGGAUAUGAUCAUGUCCACUAUGAAUGGCAAACCAUACCUCGUUGGACGGUUCCCACACACACUCCGCAUGCGUCUGAUGAGGGAGCAUCUUGGAAUUGACGUUGACGAGCUCAUGGAGCACGACUUUGCCACUGAAGAAGAGCUACGGAAGAUCGAAGUUGCUGAAGACUCCCGUCCAGCCAAUGACAAAUUUCGGGAGCGACGAGGCUCAGAAUCUUCAAAGCUAGAACGACAGGAUGAACGAGAGAUGAUUGACCGUCGGCAUCGCAUCCAAGACGAGUUCCUAUCUCGCUCCGAGGAUAUGCACAGUUUCAACCACGAUGUCGACUGGGAGCAGGGCAAUAAUCCUAACCUCAAGUCUAGUCGCAAGCUCACUGCCGACCCGCGUGUCACGGACAAACCCGAGCACAAGAAAGAUGUGGAUGGCGAUGGCGUUGACAACAUGAAAGCGGCCUCCCAAGCAGGACUUGGAAUUGCUCGCGAUUCGAAAAUACUGGCUGAUAGCAAAGAAGCUUUGGUCUCCCCCAUUGCCAGUGAGGGCAAGGGCACCUUGGGGCAACCAAAACAGUCACCACGAAAAGUAUCUCGCACGGGUUCCCCGCGAAAAGAUGGUAGACAGGGAUCUUCUACUGACACACCUCAUGACUCCGAGUCCAACUCCAAACUGGAUACUCCGCUGCAGGGCCAUGUGCCUUCAGGAUCGUCCAGUCGCGAGUCUGAGACUGGUAGCAGCGGUCUGAUCAUGUCCAAGGAGAACCAUGACACUUCCAGAUACCCACACGUGCCCGCUCCGGAUCUCAAGCGGAUAUUUGUGGAUAAAGAUUGUAUGAGAGAUCCCGUUAACGAUGCCUUCUAUCUGGACACCUGGCAAGCGCUGGCUGAGAAGAACACCAAGAUAUUCCGGUCUGUGUUCCGCUGUAUGCCCGACAGCGAGGUUAAGAAUUGGAAGGAGUACAAGGAGUACGCCGCGUAUGGAGAGCGGUUCGCCGAGAUGCAAAGCCACUCGAGCAGCAAGUCAUUCAACCCGCCUCACCAGAAAACUACUGGUCCGCCUGGCGCCACUUCCACCACUCCUGCUACCACUACAACUUCGCCCCUGUCUCCCAUCAGUCCGAAUACUGAGAAAGCAGAAUUGAAAACUCCUCAGACAAUCGAUGAAAAGGCCGUGCUCGAGGCCUCUGACUCCAACCGAAAGGAGUCCAGACAGCAGCCUGACCUCUCCAAGCAGGAGACAAUUUCAUCUAUUGGUGAGAAGUUUGCCCUGAAGGAGGUGGCAUCAGAACAAACGCCGUCGAAUCAUGCCCAGAAUGGACACAGCGACGAGAAUGGUACCGGGGGAGAUGAUCUGGAGAAGCCGCGGACAAACUCAACGCACGUCGAUUACUCCGAAGCCAUCAACCUGAACUCAACAUCUCAAACACAAUCCCGGAGACGAAGACGCAGAGCCACAACCAUUGGCUCCAGACGAGAAUUCCAUGGUGUGGAUGAUGUGAUGGACAAGCAACGCGCGGAAGACCUCUUGAACAAGGUGCAGGGCCACCUCAUUCUCUGGCCCUAUGACUGGCUCGAGAAAGAGGAACAGGGUGGAAACUGGCUCUACGCUUUGGAUCAAAUUUCCCCGUUGGAAAUCUACAAUUGA